AUGUCCCAGACACUUUUCAAUAACAUCGAACAGCUUCCGCCCGAUGCUCUUUUCGGGAUUAGACAAAGGCUAGCUCAAGACUCCAGAGCUGUUAAAGUUGAUUUGGGGAUUGGUGCGUACAGAGAUGACAAUGGCAAACCUUGGGUCCUUCCUAGUGUUAGAUCCGCUGAACAAUUGAUUCAACAAGACCCAAACUACAAUCAUGAGUACCUGGGUAUCAAUGGUUUACCGGAGUUGGCUGCUGGAGCGGCCAGGAUUAUCUUUGGUGAAAACAGUAAUGCUUUGAACGAGGGCAGAGUCGUUUCGGUGCAAUCUCUCUCCGGUACGGGUGCAUUGCAUUUGGCUGCCAAGUUUUUGUCAACUUUUCUGGCCGGUAGGCCAUUGUACAUCUCUGAGCCAACCUGGGCAAAUCACAAGAGCAUUUUCCAGAGCCAAGGCAUCAAAACUGUGCCAUAUCCUUACUGGCAGGCCUCGACAAAGAGCUUGGACUUGGACGGAUUUCUAGAGUCCAUCAAGGACGCGCCAUCGGGAUCUGUGGUAUUGCUGCACGCCUGCGCCCAUAACCCUACCGGGUUGGAUCCAGCCGAGAAGCAAUGGCCGGCUAUUUUAGAGGCCAUUGCCUCGAAAAACCACAUAGCACUGUUCGACUCUGCAUACCAAGGGUUUGCUUCCGGUAGCCUCGACAGAGACGCUUUCGCGAUCCGUCUUGGCGUUGAGAAACUGGCCAAGGUGUCGCCAGUGUUUGUAUGCCAAUCAUUCGCCAAGAACGUCGGCAUGUAUGGUGAGCGUGUUGGUUGUUUCCACGUGGUCAUUCCACAGCAGGACGAUUCUACCGUUGACAUUUCUAAAGUCAACAAGGCCAUCGCUUCGCAGCUCUCUAAGAUCACUAGAAGCGAGGUCUCGAACCCCCCAGCUUACGGCGCUAAGAUCGUUUCCAAGAUUUUGAACACACCAGAGCUGACUGAACAAUGGCACAAGGACAUGAUAACUAUGUCUUCAAGAAUCACCAAGAUGAGACAUGAGCUCAGAGAAAAACUGGUUCAAUUGAACACACCUGGAAACUGGGAUCACAUCGUCGAUCAGUGUGGUAUGUUUUCCUACACUGGGCUAACUCCGGAGAUGGUCAAGAGAUUGGAAGCUCAACAUGCCGUCUACAUGGAUGCCUCAGGCAGGGCAUCGAUUCCCGGUUUGAACCAAGGUAACGUGGAACACGUUGCUAAGGCCAUCGACGAAGUGGUUCGCCAUUUUACGAGUUCCAAGUUCUAA